CGGAGUGAUAAGAGAUCCAAAAUAUAAAAUAUUGUUUAUUGUACUACAUGUACCCUGUACGGAGUACCGGGUCAGGAAGAGAUAUGAGCCCACGUGGUUCCCACCACCACCAACAUGGCUUUCACAUGCCAUCGACCAAACAAGACGCCCGGCCAAGCAAUUCCUCACAAAUAGCACCGUUGUAUCUCCUGAUCUUGGCCGUCGGCGGCAUCGUACUAGUAACCAAACCUAUCCUGAUCGUCCUCGCCAUUCUGAUUGUCGGGUACGGUCGACUCUAUCAUGUUCAACCGGCGAAAAAGUCGCGCAUGCCAUGGUCGCAACACGAGUCUCCUGGGUAUGUGAUUCGAGCGGGACCACAGCAGGGCACAGCUUCUCAUGACUGGGAAAGGAACUUACUGCAGGGUCGCCAAUGGAUGGUCCAUGGGAGGGAACAAAAGACGCGUCUUUCCAUUUGACCAGUCGGUAAAUACCUAGGUCUUCUGAUUCAAAAUCGGAACGAAGAAUACCUUACUUGGCAUGGCCUGACCCAAAAUAAUGUCCAAUGGUUGGACUUUGAGCAGAAAGUGGUGACGCUAGGUGCAGUUGUCGACUUGAGUAGAUGCAAAACACAAUGACAAUGAGUAUUCUUGGGAUUCAUUGUCAUCAUGGCGGAGAAAUUGAAGAGGAUCUGCUAACAGUGUCUUUUUUAUACAUGUGUAUUGUGUAUAUGUAGGUCAUAUCAUGGUCGCAACAGGGUGGAG